ACCUCGUUACGGAGCACACCGAAUUGGAAAUGAAAGCGGAAUCGGACUUGACAACAAACCGGUGGAUCAACGUGUUGUGAUGAUUGCAUGUAUGUAAAGUACUGUUUACGUUUUAUCACUGAUGAACGGGGUCAGAGACCAAGUGCAAACAUUUUCGAGGCCUAUAAAUUGCCUGUGCCUAGUCUACUCCGUGCAACCGAAGUGAUCGUCCAAAGUUUGAGUCCGAUACAGGAGAUUUGCCAGGGCGAUUAUUUAGUACUAGUUCCCGGCAGGAGAUGCCAGCAAAUUCCACCCGUGCGACUCCGGACGGCGGUAGCCGACUCGCCCACUCCACCAUGGCCAGCUCACGGCCCGUCGACAACACCGCGUGGAUCCAGGACUCCAAGAAGGUGGAGACAUUCGAAGAGGCUUACAAGAUCGGCAAAGAACUUGGAAGGGGUGCCACAUCGGUCGUUCUGAGAUGUACACAAGUUGGAACAGACAAAGCACAUGCAGUCAAAGUCAUCAAGAAAACGGUUGACCAGAAGGUCGUUAAAACAGAGACUGACAUUCUUCUUAAACUUCAGCACCCAAACAUUAUUAGACUCAAAGAGAUCUUUGAGACAGAUGAGAAGCUGUUCCUGGUCCUAGAGCUGGUGACGGGCGGAGAGUUGUUUGACCGCAUCGUGACCCAGGGCUACUACAGCGAGAAAGACGCAGCCAGUGUGGUCAGACAGCUCUGCAGCGCUGUGCAGUACCUCCACGAACAUGGUAUAGUCCACAGAGACUUGAAGCCAGAAAACCUGCUGUACGCCGACAGCACAGAAAAUGCAGCCCUCAAGUUGGCCGAUUUCGGCCUUGCCAAAAUGCUGUACAAAGACGUCCAGAUGCAAACAGUGUGUGGGACACCGGGAUACUGUGCUCCGGAGGUGCUAUUCGGCAAGCCCUACACCCCCAAAGUGGAUAUGUGGAGCGUAGGGGUCAUCACCUACAUUCUGCUGUGCGGGUUUGAACCCUUCUAUGACGAAAAGGGCGACAGAUACGUGUACAAGAAAAUCCUGAGGGCAGAAUACGAGUUUAUGUCGCCGUGGUGGGACAACGUCUCCGAUAGCGCAAAGUUCUUUAUCCAGAGUUUACUAGUCCUAGACCCCAACAAGCGACUGACUGCCGCGCAGGCCUUGGACCACCCAUGGGUGAAGGGCACAGCCAGCAAGGCACCGCUGCGGAACCUGACUGAGAACAUCCAACAGUUCAACGCCAAGAGAAAACUCAAGGCUGUUACGAACGCAGUCAUAAUGAUGAACAGGCUGCACACGGGGGAGUGGAAGACACCCGUCAGGCCCAGAGCCGCACCCCCGAGCCCGCCCACUGUGGAAACCGAACCGACUGUAGAAGCUCCGCCCAUCCAGCCAGCUACACAGGCAGAAUGAUGCAGUAUAUGCACACAGCUAGACCUGAUUGGGCCCUCCAACUACGUUAGGUUUGAAGAUAGUUAAGAGGUUUCACAUGGGAAUGAAUGCAUUAUGUUUAACUGUCCGUAACUUUUACCGGUUAAUUACACUGUUUCGCAUCAUCUGUACGUGCUCAGUUAGCUAUGUGGAUCAAUUACCUGUAGCAAAAUGUACUAAAAAAUGGCAGCUUCAGUUAGCUGUGGCUUAUUUAUGGGAAAGAACGUUGCAUUCUGAUACCACUUUUUUCAUUAUAAUCAUCUAAAUGGAGGUUAGCCAUUGCAAAAAUUAUGAAAAGACAUGAAUCUCCAGGCACUGAGAAACAUUUCCAAUUUUGUUAGCAAAUACUUUGAUAUUCUUCUUGACUCUCUAUAGACUUUGUACAAAACAAACGAAGUGGCAUCUGGAUACCUCAUUCUUUCCCAUCUUUAAACACAGACACAUGUUCAGUGAUUACAUAAAUUCACAGAGCCUAAGGAAGUUGGAAAUCAAGAGUUUACAUUGUGUUUCACAUUGACGCGUAGCGAUUGUAUAUCUGUCAAAAGUUAGUCGCGUAUGAAGUCACAAUACCACACAAACUGAUGGCCUUUCCAGUGCACUUACUGUGACUGCGUGUAAGCAUUCUCACGUAAAACCUCUCUAUUUAUCUGGCAUCUAUGGCAAGGAGUAUACUGCCAAGGAGUAUACUGAAGUUUCAUACAAACAUCAAUAAGAAAUAACAGAUUCAAAACUUAAAAUGCCAACAGGUAAACCAAAGAUCAAUUUUUUUUACCUCACGACAAAAUGGAUUUGAGCACACAUGUCAAAAGGUACUUGAAAUUAAUUUGGUUUUGUCUCAAUUGGUGAUUUUAUAUCAGACUUUAUUUUCCUGUUCUUCGAAAUGUGUGGUCAAUCCGUCCCUUGCAUUGAUGGAAUAAAGGCAGGGGCACUUCGCUAAGAUUUAACCCAGCUAGACUAUUGUCUUCCUGAUCCUGUGGGUUUAAAGUAAAAAAAAAAGAAGGAAUUUCUGUUUUAUAGUCAAUCGUUUAUGAGUUACGAAAAAAAUAAACCCCUUUAAGCAUGUAAGGGAAAAAAGUUGAUUUUAGUGUCAUUUUACGCUAAUAUCAAUUGGAAACUAAUAUCAAUACGGGCAGUUCCCAAUACAUCGUGCCACCAAGAAGUUAAGAGUCCACUUUUUGCAGUGUGAGACAGUCCACACAUUCGGAGACGGUCGACAAAUUUGCCAUGUCGUGGGACACUUACAAUUGUUAGAUUAUCAUGUCAGUAGUUUCGCAAGUGUAUGAUUGGAGUAUCUUUUUUUUUUUUUUUUUUUUUUUUUAUCAAGAUGCGUUUUUACGCGAUGCAGCAGUACCUCGAUCUAUCAAAAAAUGUCCUCGAGUUAUCUAUUGACAUUCUUUCAAAUCGCGGCAAGUCAGCCAUGUUUUUGUCGACCGAAAUUUGCAAAAUGGACUCCUUGGCAACCUCUUGGUAGUGCACUUAAUUUGAAAUCGUCCGUAUUGGAAAUAAAGUGCAGUCUGGAUAUGUCAGAUUGGCAUUUGUCUAUCCAAGAGAAAGUUGAAAUUUCUAAAAAGAGUUCUCCAGAAAAUGGAAAACUCAGCAAGUACAUGCACUUGCACCCUUUAUAUUUUUGCGUGCAUGGUUGCAAUGUUCAAAAUGACACUGCAGUAAGAUGUAUUCGUAUAGGAUGAAUACUCAAUGUCACUUGCCAGUCUCACGUUAGCAUUAAUGUAACACACGUAAGACUAGGAUCACCACAUUAGCAUUUGGACGAUCAUUCGUUUUAAACAUUUUCACAGGCGAGAACGUGCAAAUGUUUGUGACUUUUUAGUCUUUUUGUAUUUUUUAAUAGUUUGAUUAAAGAUGUGUAUCUUAUACACAUAAAGAGCAUGUACUCUGACGAAAUGGUUUAUGUAAAUGUAAUAAAAAAUAAUAUGUAACAUUCAAAUUGUCUUCUUUUCAUGCACUAUAUCCAUGGUAUGUGAUUGACCAUUGUACAAUCUGGGUGCUGGUUUUUUGGUAGCAAAACAUACCCUAGGUUACCAUUGAAAAUAUCACACCAUAUUAAUAGAUGCUUUAGCUUGUUUCGAGCCUGUGUUUUGGCACCAACUCAAAAUUAACCUUUUAGCCAUUGUAUUAAAUUGUAUUAGUCCAAAAAAAACAACAUAUUUGGUCUCUGGCCAGACCUAAGUUCCGAAAUUGAUGCGGCGACGCGUUUUUUUUUUUUUUUUUUUUCAAGCUUGGAUUGUACAGACAAGGUGGGUACUAUUUUGCUUUUGUUGUGUCCUCAUAUACAUUGGUGGGUUUCCCCAUUCCUUGGUACAAAACUUUGAGGAGGUGCAGCAAUAGAGGGCGCUGCUGUAGCUACUAAUUCUUUUUUUGGCCUUACAUUGUAUUCAUUCCUCCAUGAGUCAAUAAAACCACAUAGAGCUGGGGCUAUUUGGGGCGGUACGAGGAGUAACAGACAGGGCAGUGUGGGAUGGUACGGUGGCUAAAGAAGGGUUAAUUAAUUAGAUUCCGGUAUAUUUUUUCUGCUAUGCUACAUGUAUGUGUAUAGCAAUGAACCUAGCAAUGAACCUGUCCACAGGCAGAAUUAAAAAUAACGGUUCUAUAAUAAUACUAUGUAUAGAGUAGCAAGUGAACAUGAAAUAUUUUAAGUACCAGAAAUGUAAUUCCACUACUGUUUUGAUAAUGUAGGUAUGUACCUAAACUUUUGUGUAAUUUUAACACCUUUUUGUAUACUGUGUAGUGUUAUUUUAAAAGUGCAGCUAUGUAAAUCACUUAUUCCAGAUUUUAAUUUUUUUUUACCAGAUCGGACUUAACGGCUGAUGUUUUUAAUACUAAAGAACGGUUAUCAGGAAUGGUUUUGUAAAUGUGUUAAUAACGGAGAUUAAAGGUUAAUGAUAAAUGUUGAAUUGUGUACGUAAAUAAUGUAUAUAAAGUUUGUAUAACAUUUGUUAAAAAGGAAAAUGUACUUUUGUGGUGAAAGGAGGAAUAUUUAGUACUGUAAUAAUAAGCUCAGAACUAACCAUAUUUGGAUUAUACUUAGGCAUCUGCUUUAAGAAUGUAAAGGGGUCAUCCAUAAAAAUCAACAUUUUCUAAAGCGUACAAAAAUACUCUUUUUGGCAGACCCCGUCCCCUUUUCCGGAAGAGUUACUUUUGAAAAUGUUGAUUUUCAAAGAUAUCCUGAAACAAACAAGUUCGUUCAUAGCGCCGCAAUUAGUUGUGGAAUGGACCAUUAUCAUGUUGCAGUUCCCAUUCAAACCAAUGUAACCAAAGUGAGGCUGGAAGGAAAUAUAGUCUGGUUCCUUUGUGCACAAAAACAUUGUCAUUCAGUACUGUUAUUGGAUACAGGGAACAUGACUAAAAUAAAGGUCUAUAUCAGCAUCUUGAAGCUAGGCUGGCUAGGCUCAUGAGGCACUUGCCGAACGCGCACACGCACGCAAAUGCAACUCAGCGCUACUAAAGUGGCGGCUGAAAAGGGCAGCAUCGCGUAUGUUUGUUACCGGCGCGUAGGCGUAGAACAUGAAGCUGAAUGACAAUGGCUUCACCCAUGAAUCACGAGCUGGUCCGGAGUUCGCCGAGUUGAGGCAUCCGUGUUUUUUUUUAUGAAAGAUCUUCUGAAAGCCCAUCACCCCCCCAAAAAUACUGAAUUUCAAAAGCGUUCAUUGGUCUAAGUUAACCGCCUCCCCGGCCCCUUGAGCGUAAAUAUUGUAAGCGUUAAAAUGUCGAUUGUUAUGGAUGACCCUUAAGUCACUUCCUCAGUUUUGGUUGAUCCACUUCAUCCCAACGUGAAGUGGAGAGAGUUACAGUAGAAAUCAGCCAAAAAUCAACCAAGAGACACCUUUCCCGAAAUAAACCAUCUUGUAUUUGUUGUACUGUAUUACAAUUCCUACAUUUGUAGUUUCAUUAUUAACAAUGGAAAACAUCAAUAGCAAAUUCCA